AUGCCAGUGAAUAGAUUUAGUUGGUUGUUAUCACAUUUACAUCUGAACGACAAUUCCGUAAUUCCAAAAAAAGGAGACGCCAACUACGAUAAAUUGUACAAGGUAAGACCAUUUCUCAAUUUAAUUUUAAAAAAUAGUCAAGUAGUAUACAAUCCAAAUAGAGUAGUAGCUAUAGAUGAAUCAAUGAUAAAAUUUAAAGGCCGUCAUUCAUCAAAACAAUACAUGCCUAAAAAACCCAUAAAAAGAGGAUAUAAAGUAUGGGCUUUGGCAGACAAUUAUCCGCUUAUGUCGUACUUGAAAUCAAAUGGGAUUUAUGCUUGUGGAACAGUAAACAUGACAAGAAAACAUUUACCACAGCUAAAAGAUGACAAGUCCUUAAAACAAGGAGAAUAUGAUUGGAAUACUGAUCAAUUUUCAAUAUCAAUUAUUAAAUGGAAAGAUAAACGAUCAGUUAGUCUUUUAUCUAAUUUCCAUAAUCCAACUGACACUGAUAUUGUACCUAGGAGAGAGAAAGACGGAACUUUGACAAUGAUACCUUGCCCGAAAGUUUUAAAAGACUAUAAUGAAAAUAUGAAUUGCGUCGAUAAAUUAGAUCAAAACAAAAAGUCCUGCCAAAUUGACCGCAAAAGCCAAAAAUGGUGGCACCGUAUAUUUUUUCAUUUCAUCGAUAUAGCAGUUGUAAAUUCACAUGUUAUAUAUACACAAUCCACUGGAACAACAAUAACUAUGAAAAACUUCCGACGUGAUAUUUCAAGGGAGCUACUAAACAAAACAAUUGUUUGUAAAUGUCAAUCUAAAAGCACUAAAAAAUCACCAGCGAAAAUUAAAAAACACAAGCCUUUUGUACCUGACUCUCUUCGUUUGGAAAAAUCAGCUCAUCAACCUAAAAUAUCGACAAGAAGAAGAUGUGCAAAAUGCAGCACAAGAGAAAAAGAAGUUAGAACUGAGUGGAUGUGUAUAGUAUGUAACGUUCCACUUUGUAUUACAAAAAACCGAAACUGUUUUGCUGAUCAUCAUAAGUAA